AUGGAAGAAGCUUCAUAUGGUGCUCUAUUGGCCAAGGUGUCUAAAGAGCACUUGAAUACCUUAGAUUAUAUCGAAUUGAUUAGGAAGAAUCAUGACAGCAUUGGAGUCACUCAUUUCUUGGUUCAAAAUCUAUACAAAAUUAAUUACCUAGAGCUCGAAUUUUACAUUCCACAAUUCAUUCAACUUCUAAUAAGUUUUGAAACAGAUUCGAUGGCAUUGACAGACUUUCUUAUCGAGAAUUCAAAAAAGUACCCCCAUUUUUGUCUUAUCACCUUCUGGUAUCUACAAAGUUACAUGUUCGAGUUGAAAGACAGUCCUGAUUCAUAUUCAUUCCACGUCGUGAGAUCAUUCAUAAACGAUAUUCAGAAUAUAAUGUUCAAUCAAGAAAGAAACAAUCAGGAGAGCACCUUGAGAUUUCGUGAAAAUACACAUCCUGCUUUGGUUUUGGCUGGCAGUAUUGCCGGCUCUUUCGCCGUUCCAGGGAUGGAAUCUUUCAUUCGCCCAAUAAUUAUAUCCCAAUCGAAGCAGCAGAAGUCCUUUCUUUUCAGAUUGGCCAACUUCCACAAAACUUUGACCAGAAACCUUACACUUAAAAACAGAGUCAUGUCUUCAGAAGACAAAGGUUCUGACCCUGAGGUUUUGAAUGCAAACUCCAGGCAUUCUGAAGGUAGCCGUCCUUCACAUUUAUUGAGUUCUUCUCAAUCCAUUAAUGAAGACAUGACCAACAGUUUGUCCGAUACUGAAUUGCUAGACAAGGAUGACCUCGGUGGAAGAGCAUUUGCGACUGUUGUGUUGUCCAAAAGAAGAUCAGAAGAUGUUCAAAUCUCAUUGGAGAACUCCAGAAGGUUAAGACAUGGCGGCGGUUUGGCAUCACACUCACUUCCCGAUUUAACUCACAAUGACUCCCUGCGUGUAGAUGAUUUAAGCAUUACACCUGUUAUGUCCAAUUCCUCCUCUUUAUCAAUUGCUUCUUUGGAUACAUCGGAGCUUCGAGGUAAGGGCCGUGCUUCUUUGGAUGCCGACCAGAAAAUCAAGCACUUACAAGUCAAUUAUUUCAAGAAAGAGACCGAGUUUAUUAUGUCAUUGCAGAACAUCUCGUCCAGGCUUUCACAAAUACCAAAGGAAGCACGUUUAACCACCUUGAGAGCGGAGUUGUCGAUCAUCAAUAACACUGUAUUACCAUCAGAAAUAGACAUUCCCCAAUUAUUACCGAUCAGCAGCCAGCAGAACAAAAAAUUUCACCAGAUUUUGAGGUUGAAUGUGAAUGAAGCCUUCGUUUUGAACUCUGCUGAGAGAGUCCCAUUUCUUCUAUUAAUAGAAUACUUGAGUGAAGAAAUGGAUUUCAAUCCUCAAAGCGAUCACAACAAGAAUAUAAUCGCUAACAAAUUCCAGACUGAUGUGUCUACGAGCAGACCAUUAGCUGGGAACUCCAUCUCAAUGGAGGAGAAGCUCCAAGAAGAGGAGGAUUUGGGUGAUAUGUCAAUGCUCGUCAUUUCAAACGAAAGAAAUAUGAUGGCACACCAAUUGGGACCUAUAAAGAUGGAUUCAGCAGCACAAAUUUCUCCAUCGUCACCCAAAGUUGGAAGUUCCAAUACUCCUAAUGCUUUUGACUCUGAUCCAUCUACCAAAGAUUUAUCGGCACAAAUGAGAAUUGCGGCAGUUAUGCUUCGUCAACUAGAAAAAUCGGGGCAAGCAAAUUCUGAACAAGCUGCAGCCAUCAAGGCUAGGAUCAUUGAUUCAAUGAAAGGUUUACAAGAUAAGUUUGAAAACAUUAAGUACCAACAAAUUAACGAAAUCAACAGUGUUAACAUUGGUGAGGACAUCCCAGAUGCUGGUGAAAGAAAAAUGGAAAAUGAUUUCAAAUUAGGGGAAGAUUGGCAAACCAAGAAGGACAGAAUAAGAAAAGCGAGUGCUUUCGGACACUUGCGCAAUUGGGAAUUGUGUUCAGUUAUUGCCAAAAAUGGUGAUGAUUUACCGCAAGAAGCCUUUGCUUGUCAAUUGAUUUCUAUCAUCUCCAAAAUUUGGAAGCAGAAUUCUGUGGGCGUAUGGACAAAAAACAUGAAAAUUCUUGUUACAAGCGCCAAUUCAGGACUAGUGGAAACGAUAAAUAAUGCAAUGUCCAUCCAUUCUAUCAAGAAAUCAUUAACAGAACUUUCUGUGAACAGUGGUGAGAAUUCUAAAGGAAUUGUCGUGUCUUUGAAAGACUACUUCUUGAGAGUUUAUGGAUCUGAGACGUCCAACAAGUAUAAGAGGGCCCAGAACAACUUUGCCUGUAGUCUUGCAUCGUAUUCCAUAAUUUGUUAUGUCCUUCAAAUCAAGGAUCGUCAUAAUGGUAAUAUCAUGCUUGAUAAUGAGGGCCACAUCAUCCAUAUUGAUUUUGGAUUCUUGCUCUCGAACUCGCCUGGUAGUGUCGGAUUCGAGGCUGCCCCAUUCAAAUUGACUCAAGAGUAUGUAGAUGUCUUAGGUGGUUUUGAUUCUCCGAGUUACAUGAAAUUCAAAAACCUUUGUAAAGAGAGCUUCCAAGUUCUUCGCAGAAACUGUAAUCAAAUUAUCGAUAUGGUUGAGUUGAUGCUGAAAGAUUCAAGUCUACCAUGUUUCAAAAACGGUUCGCAAACAAGUAUUUUAUUGAAACAAAGGCUUCAGCUAGAUUUAUCUGAAGAAGAUUGUGAUAGUUUUGUAGAGAAUUCCUUGAUUGGAAGAAGUAUUGGAAGCGUGUACACGAGGCUAUACGAUCAAUUUCAGUUGAUAACUCAAGGAAUAUACGCCUGA